AUGAAGGAUUCAAGGAAUACAACCACUUUAACUCCAAAGAAAAUCAAGAAGGAUGAACCAUUCGAUCAAGGAGAAUCACGAGAGCAAGCAUGUCGCAUACAAAAUGAGCAUAAAGACGACGCCGAUCACAUCCUCACACACCAAGGUAAGAAAGUUUUGAGGGCAAAACCUUUGAAAGGGAGGAGCAAUGAUGAGGUCAUCAAUCAAGACAUGGACAAUGACAAACAAAAUGCGAACGAGAAGAAGGACGAUGAUCCGCAGACACAUGAGGAGCAUCUGCGGAAAAUAUUAUGGAGGCUAAGAGAGAAUCGGCUGUACGUGACGUUCAGCAAAUGCAGCUUUUGUCUACAGGAGAUUGGAUUUCUGGGACACGUGGUAUCGGUCCAGGGUAUUCAGGUGGAUCUAGCCAAGAUUGAAGCCGUCAUGGAGUGGCAACCUCCGACUUUUGCAACCGAGGUCAGGAGUUUUCUGGGACUUGCAGGCUACUAUCGGCGAUUCAUGGAGGGAUUCGCCAAGAUAACUCGAUCUCUGACAAAGCUGACUGGGAAGAACGUCAGGUUCGAGUGGAUGACAAAAUGUGAGGAGAGCUUCAGACAAUUGAAGCGGAGAUUGACAUCUGCACCGAUCUUGGCAUUACCAUGGCCGGAAAUGCUAUACGAGGUAUAUACCGAUGCAUCUAAGCAUGGAUAG